AAUGCGCGCGCGUACAGAGAACCAAAUCACACCAUCAGCUAAUUCCUCUCUCACUCGCGCGCGCGCACACACACUUUACACACAGACGAAACAUAAAACUCCCUUUCCCUUCUUCCCCUUCCCUCUCUCGAUCCAUCAAAAUCAAAUUAAAUCUCUGAGCAGCCCAAUCCCAACCGUUCAAAAACGCCAACUUUCUCAAGCAUUCUCCAUCUCUCUUCUCGAUCGCCACUAUCGAACAAGUUUGGAUUUUUAUUGAGCCUUAUAGCAAUUUCAAUGUAUUGUGAUGUUGAUGCAUGCAUAGUGAGUAUUGGAGAAGAAGCUUGCUGAAAUAAAGGGCCAAGCAAUUUAGUACCCUCUGUAGAAGAGCUUCAGUCACAACUAGUAAAUGUUUGGGAUUCUUUCGAUCUCUCCAUUAGUUUCUCCUCAUGUAUUCAAAACUUCAAGAUUGAUGAUGGCCAUGUCUGCUGAUACAAAAAACCCUAGGCCAUCACUUGAGCACAUACCCAUAAAGCCUCCUUCUCACCCUACUUAUGAUUUGAAGGGCGUCAUCAAGCUCGCCCUAGCUGAAGAUGCUGGGUAUCGAGGGGAUGUGACCUGUAUGGCGACAAUUCCGGCUGGCAUGGAAGCAGAAGCCCAUUUCUUGGCGAAGGAGGAUGGGAUCGUGGCUGGAAUCACAUUGGGAGAGAUGGUAUUCAGCAUAGUUGAUCCAUCGCUGAAGGUGGACUGGUCAAAAAAGGAUGGGGAUUAUGUUCAUAAAGGGCUGCAGUUUGGAAAAGUGCAUGGACGGGCACACAGCAUUGUUGUAGCUGAAAGGGUUGUGCUUAAUUUUAUGCAGAGGAUGAGUGGAAUAGCAACUCUAACAAAGGCCAUGGCAGACGCUGCACACCCUGCAUACAUUUUAGAGACGAGGAAAACUGCUCCAUGUUUACGGCUGGUGGAUAAGUGGGCGGUACUAAUAGGCGGAGGGCGGAAUCAUAGAAUGGGUUUAUUUGAUAUGGUGUUGAUCAAAGACAAUCAUAUAUCAGUAGCUGGAGGUGUCACAAAUGCCCUUAGAUCUGUGGACCUAUACCUAGACCAAAAUAAUCUUCAAAUGGGGGUUGAGAUAGAAACCAGGACACUUGAUGAAGUAAAUGAGGUACUGCAAUAUGCAUCUCAAACAAAAACAUCCUUGACUAGGAUAAUGUUGGAUAAUAUGGUUGUCCCACAACCGAAUGGUGAUGUUGAUGUAUCAAUGCUUAAAGAAGCCGUGGAACUGAUCAAUGGGAGAUUCGAAACUGAGGCAUCUGGAAAUGUUACUCUUGAUACGGUACACAAAAUUGGACAAACUGGUGUGACCUACAUUUCUAGCGGUGCACUGACACAUUCUGUGAAAGCUCUCGACAUCUCCCUGAAAAUAGACAUGGAACUGGCGCUGCAGGUUGGGAAACGUACAAAACGAGCAUGAUCAUCUACAUUUUCUUAACUUUGGACCAGUAGAGUUGGAAGAAAAAGAAUUGAAAGACUUGCGCACUAUAAACAUUUUCCUGAAAUGCAAUUUUUAGAUGAACUGAGAAGGCAAAAUUUUGUCAUCCAGAAGGCAACUCUUUUCUCUCUUCCUUUGUUUAGCCAUUUGACUCUGUUGGUGGUAUUUCAUAACAUGAAUGAAAAGGCAUGCAGUAUGUAUUUGAAUAAUAUAAAGAAAAUAAAAGUGAAUUUUCCUGUGUUUUACUUCUA